UAUAUAUAUUUAUAUAUACAUACAUAUAUUUUUUUACUAAAAGAUAAAUCAAAGAAGAACAAGUUUAAAAACAUCUACUAAGCUGUAUUUUGUCGACUUAUAACAAAACAAAAAAGAAAUCAAGUAACUUCCCAGAGUCAAAUCCAAACGUUAAAUUAGCCCAGAAAAUUUUGAAAAUUUUUUUAUACAAUCAAAAACUUUAAGUUAAAUUAAUAGAAACCGAAUUGAUAAUUUUGAGUAAUUAUACAAGCUAUAUAUACAUUUGAUACUUACACUUGAACCGAUCUGAUUUGUAAAGUUAAUUAAGUUAAGCAUCAAAAUGCGUCAAAAAGAUCUGCGCCCAGCACCUGCUCUUAUUGAGUAUAAGGGCAUGAAGUUCCUAAUCACCGAUCGACCAUCAGACAUAACAAUUAAUCAUUAUAUUAUGGAGCUUAAAAAGAACAAUGUUAAUACUGUGGUGCGUGUUUGCGAGCCCAGCUACAACACGGAUGAGCUGGAGGCCCAAGGCAUUACGGUCAAAGAUCUGGCUUUCGAUGAUGGCACUUUUCCGCCGCAACAGGUCGUUGACGAGUGGUUUGAGGUCUUAAAGGAUAAAUACCAGCAGAAUCCCGAGGCUUGUGUUGCCGUUCACUGUGUGGCUGGCUUGGGACGUGCCCCCGUUUUGGUUGCCCUUGCACUCAUCGAAUUGGGCUUGAAAUAUGAAGCGGCUGUUGAAAUGAUCAGAGAUAAACGACGCGGCGCUAUCAAUGCCAAGCAGCUGUCGUUUUUGGAGAAAUACAAGCCGAAGGCGCGACUAAAGCACAAAAAUGGCCACAAAAAUUCAUGUUCUGUGCAAUAGAUUUCCAUAACCAUAUGUAUAUUCCCACCAGAUAAAAAGUGUUCAUUUUUUCAAACAAAAAAACCAAAAAAAAAAAGGAAAGAAAUAAUUAAACGAAACGCAAAACAAUUAAACUGUAAAACUAUCCAAGAUACCAGAAAAACACACUAUACAAAAUUACAGCCCCAGUUAUUAUAUAAAGCAAAAGAUAAAUCCAUAAACAUAUUGGCAUCAAAUUGUAUGUAUUAAUUAAUGUAAUUUAUGUUUAUUUUAUUUCUGAAACAAACAAAAACCACAAGUUGAAAAAUAUGUACCGCAAUUCUAAUAUUGUUUCAAGCCCGUUUACGCCCAUUUAAUGGUUGUAAGCGGGCAUAUAUAUAAAUACAUAAAAGUAACAGUACAGUUUAAAAAAAUUUUAAGUAAUAGUAGAUUAUAUACCCAUAAACUGUAUCGAAAUUAAUUGAACAUACUGUCAAGGGUCAGGCACCAUAGCAAUAUAUAUAGAAAGGAUGAAAAAACAAUAAA